AUGUUUUCGGAGUGCUUUGAGACCACUAAUGACUACUAUCUCCUCUGCAAUACAGAAGAAGCAUGGGGCAUUGUUCUAGAGUCGCUGGCAGCCAUAGGGAUAGUAGUAACAAUUCUGUUCCUCUUGGCACUGCUCUUUCUCAUGUAUAAAGUUCAAGAUUGCAAUCGAUGGAACAUCCUCCCCACCCAGUUCGUCUUCCUCCUGAGUGUGUUGGGCCUCUUCAGUCUCACUUUUGCCUUCAUCGUCAGACUCAAUCUACAGACUGGUCCCGUGCGCUACUUUCUCUUUGGUGUCCUCUUUGCUCUCUGUUUUUCCUGCCUCUUGGCCCAUGCAUCUAACCUGGUGAAGCUGGUCCGAGGAAGAGGAUCCUUCUCGUGGCCAACACUACUGGGCAUUGCUGUUGGUGUCAGUCUGUUACAGGUCAUCAUUGCCAUCGAGUACGUCACCCUCAUGAUGAACCGAGGUCCGAUGUUCAUACAUAUGACCACAAAUCAGCUUAAUGUAGACUUUGUUGUGCUUUUAACCUAUGUCCUCUUCCUGAUGGCCUUAACCUUCUUCGUAUCCAAGGCCAUCUUCUGUGGCCCUUGUGAAGCCUGGAGGUGCCACGGUAGCUACAUCUUCAUCACUAUGGUCUUCUCAAUUAUUAUCUGGGUAAUAUGGAUCACCAUGCUCAUAAGAGGCAACCCCCAACUACAACAGCAGCCCAGAUGGGAUGAUCCUGUCAUCUGCAUUGCCCUGGUCACCAAUGCCUGGGUCUUCUUGCUGACAUACAUUGUGCCCGAGUUCUAUGAUCUCUACAGUUCAUGUAAUAACGACAAUGCCUUCCAAGCUCCAACCUUCCAGCAGAGCUUCAAACUGGAGACCCAGGAUCUUACUCGAGCCCGAGACAGUGAUGGAGCUGAGGAAGAUAUAGCACUAACUUCAUGUGGUACCCCUAUUCAACUACAGACUGUUGAUCCAAGUCGCGAAUAUUUCAUUCCACGGGCCAAAGUCAACCUCCAACAGGAUACAGGAUUAUAA